GUUUUAUGCCAUUUCUCCUGCUUUUCCCGAAGAUCCAUUGAGAAUUUGACAUAAAAAUGUUAACUAUUACAGCAACCAUGAGUGGUUUUCUCCUGUUUUCCUACUGAUUAGCCCCAUCGAGUGUAAGUAACGGAACUGAGAACGGUUCAGAGGCACACAGAUUAUUCACCUUCAUCUUUUGACAUGAGCCAAGACCAAAAUACACCUUAUACCUCAGAGGAUGGUAUUGAAAACAGGCAGAAACCAUUUAUCCAAAGCAGAAAUAAACAUCAUGCAUUGGCUACAAAGAGUCAAGCUUCAAAUGGGCAUGAACAGAUCCUUGAAAGGAUGGACACGUUAAACUCUGGACUUACUCCUGAUUUAAAAUCUGAGGAGAAAACAACUGAACAAAGCCCUAGCAUUGCAGAUGAGAGACCAAUCAAUGCACCUGAAAAUUUAGGAACAUUUACUAAUCAAAAACAUGAAACACAGGACUUAAGUAUGCACAGAGACCCUGAUCAAGAACAUAAUGCAGACAUAAAGAACAUUUUUAGUCUUACACUUGAGUCUGAUGUAAUAGCAGAACCAAAAAUGCAAUGUGCUGAUAAUGGAACUGUUGAAAGCUUACCUGGAGCAUUAGCAAAUGGAGUAAGCUGUGAAUUAGACACUGAGGAGAACACUGGUGAAAGAUCAGAACAUGCCAAACUCACGGAGAUGGCGGAGAAGAAUGACUACCAUGUUCUUUCGGAGGAAAGCAGCAAACAUAGAAAUGACACACAGAUGAAAUGUUAUGAAGAGGAGCAGAAAAGGUUGGUAAUUGAAGACAUGAUGCUUGAUGAUGCAACCGUAGCAAAAGAGCAAGUCCCAGUGAAGGACAGUCGAGAUGGAUUUAGUUCAACGUUUGAAAGAAUUGUGGAAUCUGAUCUGAUGAAAGGCACGUCAUACAGUAGCCUGGAUUCUUUGGAUGUACUGUCACUGACUGAUGAAACAGACAGUUGUGUUAGCUUUGAAGCCCCUCUCACACCACUGAUCCAGCAACGAAUUAAAGAAACCCCCGAACUGCUACACCAAAAGCUGAUUGAGGUUGCUGAGCAACGAGAAAUCCAGGAAGCUGGAGUUAGUGAUGACCAGGAAGAAGAAUCUAAAUCGAAUGAGGGAAAUAUUGAAAGCCCACUGAGACACUCACUCACCAGUAGCAGAUCUGAGAAUGUGCUGAGCAGAUCUUCCUUAAAGUCAGUACCAAAUGGUUUACAGAAUGAGAGAGAUGACACUGAAGAUGACAUGGGCAGGAUUGUUAACUCAGUCAGUGAUGCCAACUUUAAAGAAGUCUUAUCUGAUUCUGAUUCAGAAAUGGGUAGCACAGAGCAACUAGAACAUGGGAGCACUGACACUUUGGCCAAUGGCUGCAAAACUAAUGCAGAUCCUGCUAAAAGACUUGCCAAACGAUUGUAUAAUCUUGAAGGGUUUAAGAGAUGCGAUGUAGCACGCCACCUUGGAAAGAAUAAUGAUUUCAGCAGGCUGGUAGCUGAAGAAUAUCUUAGUUUCUUUGACUUCACGGACUUGACUUUGGAUAAAGCACUUAGGUGUUUUUUGAAAGCUUUUCCAUUGAUGGGUGAAACUCAGGAGCGGGAAAGAGUUCUUAUCCCCUUUUCUAAGAGAUACUGCCAAUGUAAUCCUGAUUAUAUCAACUCGGAAGAUGGAGUCCACACACUAACCUGUGCACUAAUGCUUUUGAACACUGACCUGCAUGGUCAUAAUAUUGGGAAAAAGAUGUCAUGUCAGCAGUUUAUUUCUAAUCUGGAUGGCCUUAAUGAUGGGAAGGAUUUUCCAAAAGAUUUAUUGAAGGGAUUGUAUAACUCAAUAAAAAAUGAAAAGCUGGAAUGGGCUGUGGAUGAAGAUGAAUUGAGAAAAUCACUGUCAGAGCUUGUGGAUGAUAAAUUUGAUAGCUGUGCAAAGAAAGUGACAAGAAUAAUUGAUAGCAGUAAUCCAUUCCUUGAUAUCCCUCAGGCAUUGAAUGCAGCAACCUACAAACAUGGAGUACUCAAUCGUAAAACACAUGCAGACAUGGAUGGCAAGAGAACACCUAGGGGAAGAAGAGGAUGGAAAAAAUUUUACGCAGUCCUGAAAGGAACUAUUCUCUACUUGCAAAAGGAUGAAUAUAAGCUAGACAGGGAUUUAUCUGAAGUGGAUCUGAAAAAUGCUAUUCGAAUACACCAUGCAUUAGCAACAAGGGCUACUGAGUACAGCAAACGGCCUAACGUGCUGAAGUUGAAGACAGCAGACUGGAGAGUCUUUCUUUUCCAAGCACCGAGCACCAUCGAGAGUGUCCUGGCCAGCUGCAUCAUGGGAAUUGCCAGGCAUCUGACCCCAAGUUCCUACAAAGGAUUGCAAGGAUUGCAGAGAGUAUUAUUGGAGUCUCUAUUUCACCCACCAGGAGUAUUUAUCAGAAGUGAAGAGGAAAUGCGCUCAUGGAUACUGAGAAUAAAUCUGGUAACUGCCAUUUUCUCUGCACCCUCAUUUCCAGCUGCUAUCGGAUCACUGAAAAAAUUUAGCCGACCUCUUCUCCCUUCAUCUACAACUAAACUUACCCAGGAAGAACAGCUGAAGUCACACGAGACCAAAUGGAGACAGAUUUCAACUGAAUUAGCAGAACACAGUACUCAGCCUCCUGGGAAGAAUGUCAAAUCUAAAGAAGCAGAGGAAUACCGACUUAAAGAACAUUAUUUAAUAUUUGAGAAAAAUCGAUAUGAAGCAUAUAUUAAUCUACUGAAGGCAAAACUAAAGGUAGGAACUGAUGAUCUGGAAAAAAUAGAGGCAAUUAUUUUCAACACUGAAAAUGAUGAAAGUUCCUUGAGGAAGACUCAGUCUAGUCCUUCUCUAAACCAAGGACAUUUUUCUCUCAAUGGCAAAAUGGAAAAGGACAUUAUAGAACAGAAAAGUCAUCCCAAGUAAGAAUCAAUGUAAUUAGAUGGAAUUUACAAACUUGUAUGGAGUAAACAUGGCAAGUUCAUUAUAUACAUCUUUGAUAGUUCGGAAGUAUAUUGGACAUAAUUUUUAAUAUUCUGUUGUAAUUUUUUAAUAUCUCACAUUUCUUGUAUUCACUUAAAAUCUUUACUACUUAUUCUCCUAAACAUUAUUCUCUUACUCCAAGCCAGUUUAGGAUUCUAUUAAACCCGUCAGAAUAAAAUACCAGGAGGCCAUUUUAAGGCUCAUCAUUUGUUUUUUUUGGUGCAGCCCUGCUAAUUUUCUUUUUCAUUGUUAAGCCAUGUAUUCAUUUUUGCUAGGUUGAAUAUUUUGUCCAAAGCUUUGAAUCCAAUGCUUUUAUUGAUCUGAGAGCUAUGUUUUCAGGAGAAUUAUUUUUCCAUCAAUUUUCUUUAAAUUCAGUUUCAAUUUGAUUGGAAUCAUAUUUAGCAUGUAGAUUGCAAAGCAACCAAGAACAAAUUUCUAUGCUGGUUUAUCCUUGGUUCUGCAGUAUGGUACUUAAUUAUAGUUGGCUAUUUAAUUGGCUUGUAUGUUUGAACAUUAGUUUCUAUUUACAUCUACUUUCCAAACAUCCUCUUCAUUUUUUUAAAGCUUAUAAUUUUCCAAAAUUUUAUUGCAGUGGGACAGUAAACAGAUAACAGACUUUUAUAGCAUUGCUCUCAGCCACUUUAAAGCUGCACUGCUUUACAGGGCUUAAAGAGUUUUAAUAUUCCUGGAAAAAAACAGGCAAUAGUUUUAUAAACAUUUGUUUCUAAAAUGUUGUUUGUAAGUAUUCACAUUGUAUAUUAUAAUUAUAUAGCUCAAAUAAACUUGGGUUCCUAAAUUGCCUGUCAUUAUGAUUAACACUACAUAUGAACACAUAGUAGUAUGCAUGCUGGAAAUCUCCUAUUAGACUCAACAGAAAAAGAACGGCCUAACUUUUCAUAUUACUGCAUUUUGUUACCAUUAAUAUCUAAUAUUGCAUAUUUAAUUUUACAUAUUAUCUUGUUUACUUGAAUGAACAACUAGAUUUAAUUUUAUCUUUAAUAAUUAUUGUCAAAUAUUGUACAGAAAUACUGUUACAUACACAGUACCAUUUUGUGUAUGUGUGAUGUGAACAAUGUUAAAUGGAGUUUUCAAUAAUCAAGUACAUUUCUCCAUUUUUCGUAAGAUAGCUUGCUUGGAUUUUGUUAGCGUAUGAAAAUGAUUGUAAGGAGGAAUGGAUUCAGUUUCUUUAUUUAAGAAUACUACCUAAUAUAUAUCAUCAAAAGGAAUAUUAUAUCUGUAAUGGUGCUUCUUCUACCAAUCAAUUUAUUUAUGUGCAAUAUAAUGUGUGUUAUGGUGGUAUCAAGCAAAUCUGUGCCAGUAUUUUUACUAUGUUAAUAUGGAAAUUAUAGCUUCUUCUGUUUUAGAUCCCUUAUUAUAAUGUUAUAUUCAUAUUUGUUACAACAUACAAAACAGUAAAAUAUGUUUUGUUAUAAACAGUACACAAAAGAAAAUAAAGACAGUGAUAUGUAGCAAAUAACGAAAUGUUUUCUUUUAUUUUGAGAAAUGUUUCA